GACCCUAUGAUGUUCAGGAUUAGUAGGACCUCUAUAUCAUUAAGAUAUUAAAAGCUUAACUUUAUAAAAAACAUUGUAUUCUUCCGCCCUAAGUUUAAAAAAAAUGCCAGAUUUGGUUAUGAGGUCAACUGAAUAAUCCUCUUCACGUGUUCAAUUGCUUCUAGUUCCUGUAUCUAGUAGUCUCAAAUUUCGGAAGCUUGGAAAUUUCCACCCUUCACGGUUGCUUCAAGUUCCAGCCGGCAAGGCUGUGCCACCACCGCCGAUAAUUGGUGACAACUAUGAAUUCAAUUCACCUUGUAAUGAUGUUUCAGAAAUUUCCUCAUCUUCUCCGCAAUCCAGAAAAAGAAGAAGGGAUUUUAGUUGGAAACGAAGAAGGAAACACAAGAAGAUAAGUUCACCUUGCUUAGAUUGUAUUGUGUGGCAUUCUUCAAGUAAACUUGAAUUGGGAACAUAUAUAGAGAGGAAAUUGAUGUUCUAUGAUAGACGCUCGUCACAUUCCUUGUUUCCAAGGCAACAUAUACUAAACAGGUUGGAGCCAACAAAGUCUGGUGCAAUUUCUCUUCUAAACCAUAUUUUUGGGGUUUCUACAAAUGGUGUCGAGUCGCAAGCACUCUGUUCAUGUCUGAAGUCAAGCAACUCUACAGUGGCCUGUUCUUGUUGCAAAGCAUCGAAGUUCAAGUGUUUGAUUCAUUCAUUAAUAGGCUUGUUCAGGGUUCUCAUACGGAAUAGCCAGCGGUGCCAAUACAAAAAGUUGCUUUGGAGACAUUGCCUGAAGCCAGUUUUUGAUAAAAACAAAGCAAUUUCUAAUGGAUCUGAAAUAGAGCGUGAUUUAAUUGAUUCUUAUUGUUCGCAUAAACAAGUAGUCUCAUUUGUUUGGGCGGUAACCAGAAGCUUAGUCCCCAAUGAUUUACUUGGCGAUUAUGUCACAUGGAGAGCCUUGAGGAAAAAUAUUUCAAAAUUUGUCAAGCUGCGCAGAUUUGAAAGGUUUUCGUUGAAGCAAUGCAUGUACAAGCUAAAAUCGUCCCACUACCCAUUUCUAUUAAAAAUUUCCUUCACUGAUUGCCCUUGUGGUGGAUUAUGGAAAAAUGAUAAAACUUAUGGGAAGAGGAAGAAGCUUUGUAAAGUACUAUGUGAUGCACAAUGGUCCCUGCAAAACAAGAUAUUCAGGUCCUGGAUAUAUUGGUAUUUUUCACAUGUUGUGGUACCCUUGCUAGGAAACAACUUUUAUGUUACAGAAAGAGAGACCAGAAAGCUUGAUGUUUUUUAUUAUCCAAAAUCCACUUGGAACAAAUUGUUUAAGAGCACAGUCAGUCGAUUAAAAGAUACAAAUUACGGUGUUUUGGAUCAUGCAUCUUUGGAUAAAGUGUUAAAUGAAAGGAGAAUCAGCUUAGGGAGAAGCGCAUUUGGAUUUUCAAGGGUUAGGUUUCUCCCAAAAGAGAAGAAUGUAAGGCCUUUAGCGAAUCUCAGAGCCCCGUCAAAGUUUCUGUUUGCAGGAAAGAAAAAUUCUAUAGUUAAUGUGAAGGCAUUGAAACAGCAAGGCAGAUUUAUUUGGUUUAAGUCUGCUAAUUCUGCUCUCCGAGAGCUUUUUGUAGUUCUCCAAAUUAUAAAGGCUGAUGAUCCAGAUAAAUUAGGAGCUUCUGUGUUUGAUUAUAACGACAUGUACCAAAGUCUAUACCACUUUAUUCAUAGUGUCAGAAAGGGAUCAUCAUUUUCUUCUAAGAUGUACAUCGUUGUUGCUGAUGUAGCGAAAGCAUAUGAUUCUAUUGACCAGGAUGUGUUAAUUGACAUAAUGAAUGAUGCUAUCCCGCUCGGUACUUAUUUCUUCAGAAACUAUUCCAGGCUUUUUUGCAACAAGAAGUCCAUAAAGGCCAUGGCACAUCAAUUAUGCUCUCAUCAUUGCUACAGGAAGCAGGAGAUGCUGAAAAUUGAAGCUUCCAUCCAGCUAAGUUCAACUGGUUGCGUCUUCAUUGAUAAGGGUACUGGUGUUGAAUUCAGUAACCAGAUGUUACAACGUGUUUUAGCUGAACAUCUGAAACAUAACAUAUUGCAAAUUGGCCCUGACUAUUAUUUACAAGAGGUUGGGAUCUCCCAGGGAAGUAUAUUAUCUUCACUUCUUUGUUCGUUUUACUAUGGACAUCUUGAGAAAAAUGUCAUUUUACCCUUCCUUGAAAAAGCAUGUCAGAUUAGUUCAAGAACUGACAAAACAAAACUCGGUUUCCGAUCCAAUGAAGACCGCAGAAGCCUCCAAUUGCCAGAAAAUCAAAGGUGUCACAGCAGCAGUAACAAAUCUUUUUUAUCUGGAAAACCCCUAGCAUCCAAUUUGAAUGUAUCCUAUAUCAAUUCUGUGGAUGAAGGAAAAUAUUUCACGAAUAAUUAUGUGGCAGGAUCUUACUCAAAUUGGCUUAACAUCGAUAAACCACAAAAUCUAUUGUUGAGAUUUAUAGAUGAUUUUCUUUUCAUUUCUACCUCACAACAGCAGGCUGCUAGUUUCUUCUCACGAAUGCAGAGAGGUUUUCGAGCUUUUAAUUGCUAUAUGAAUUUUGAAAAAUUUGGUCUUAAUUUCGACAUUGAGGAGCCUUCUCUCAACAAAAGGUUUUAUGCUGGAGCAGAUGGCAUGCAAUUUAUUCCCUGGAGUGGCUUGCUUAUCAACUGUAAAAAUCUUGAAAUCCAAGCAGAUUACACCAGGUAUUGGGGCAUUCAUUUGAGUUCAACUAUUACUAUUCAUGCAUGUGCUAAGGCUGGAAGUACUCUAGAGAAGAAAUUAUGUGAUUACAUUCGUCCUAAAUGCUAUCCCUUACUUUAUGACUCCAGCAUCAACUCUCUAACAACGGUGGCAUUGAAUGCCUAUCAAGCCUUUUUGCUCAGUGCAAUGAAGUUUCACUGCUCUGUACGUUCCAUGCCCAGCAUCAGUAAACUUAAACCCUGCUACAUACUCAGCAAAAUUUUGUUCUCUUUCAGGUACAUGUACACACUCCUUAAGAAGAGGAUGCAUAGCGUGGAAAAUCGCUUCAAUGUAAAACCAAUCUUACGGCUUAAGAAGAAGGAAAUUACUAUUCUCGGUCUGCAUGCUUUCGUACGAGUGCUGAAGAAGAAACAAUCACGAUAUAAAGAACUUAUUUAUUUGCUGAGGACUAAGAUUGAUGAACUUAGACCAGAGGGUGCUUCACGACAUAUGCAAUAUGCAGUCGACGAUUCUCAUUCAUCUCUUUUUUGGAAAAUCAGGUAUUAAACUCUUUUGAAUGGUUUUUUAUAUUUAUUAUUUUUGGACUGCAUAUUAUUGCAUAUGGAUAAUUAUCACUGAAACAUAUGUUUCUAUUUAUACAACGGGGAGUUUCAUGUUAUUGUCUUGUAUGGCUGCGGUCUCCAAUUUUUUUUUAGCCGUUGUGUUUUAGCUCUUAUUAGUGUCCAAUAAAGCUUCUAAUAU